GUGCGCACGAGGGGGUUGCGGCCCCCGGCACGCGGUGCCGGUGCCCCGGGGAUGCAGCCGGGCAGGGUGCGCGGGACCCGCUGCGGGUCGCCCUGGCGGGAGCAAAGCCCCUCCGCGUCCCCCAGCAGCCGCCCCCGCCGGAGAGCGCCGGGCGCGCGGGCACCAUGGACGCGUCCAGCCGUGCCGCCGGCCCGCCCCGCAGGGUCCAGACCAUCAUCCAGAACAGCCCCCUGGACCUCAUAGACACGGGCAAGGGGCUGAAGGUGCAGACGGAGAAGCCGCACUUGGUGAGCCUGGGCAGCGGCCGCCUCAGCACGGCCAUCACGCUCCUGCCGCUGGAGGAAGGGAGGACCACGAUCGGCUCGGCGGCGAGGGACAUCGUCCUGCAGGGCCCCGGGCUGGCGCCCGAGCACUGCUACAUCGAGAACGCGCGGGGCACGCUCACCCUGCACCCCUGCGGCAACGCCUGCGCCGUCGACGGCGUGCCGCUGCAGCGGCCCACGCGCCUCACCCAAGGGUGCAUGAUCUGCCUGGGCCAGGCCACCUUCCUGCGCUUCAACCACCCUGCCGAGGCCAAGUGGAUGAAGAGCAUGAUCCCCGCCGGCGGCCGGGGCCCCGCCGCCCUCUACGGCCUCGCAGCAAAGCCCGAGGCCCUGGUGAACGGCGCGGAGCCGGCGCAGCGCCCGCGGCCCAGCCACAGCUCCCUCGUCAGCUCCAUCGAGAAGGACCUGCAGGACAUCAUGGACUCGCUGGCCAUGGAGGAGCCGCCCCCGGCCCCCGGCUGCCCCGCGGUGAACGGCGGCGGGCGCUGCCUCCUCUCGCCGCCGCUGAGCCCCGGCGCCGCCUCGGCGGGCCCCGGCCACGACGCCGCCUCGCCGCCCUUCUCCCCGCCGUCCUGCCCGGCCGCGCCGCCCGCCGUGCCGGCGCGCUCCUCCAGCUACGGCCACGCCGUGCCCCCGCCGCCCGGCGCCGGCAGCCCCCGCGCCGCCCCGCCGGCCCCCCGGCAGCCCCCCGCCCGCGCCCCGCCGCCGGGCGCCCGCGGGCUGCAGCCCCCCGAGAGCCCGCGCCCGGGCCGCCGCGGCCCCGAGAGCCCGCGCGACCUGCCGCCCCCCAGCCCCUGCCCCGCGCGCCGGGCCGCGGCCCUGCCCGGCCCCCCCGCCCCGGCGUCCCCGUCCCCGCCGCCGCGGCCCGGCCGCGACGUCCCCGAGAGCCCCCGCGCCCGGCGGCGCGGCCGCGAGGAGCCGGCGGGGAGGAGCGCGCGGGCCGGCAGCCCCGCGGCCGAGCUGCCCCCGGCGCGGCGCCCCGGCCCCGCCGCCGCCCCCAGCCCCGCGUACGGCCUGGGCUCGCCGGCCGCGCCCUCGCCGCGGCAGAGCCCCCGCGCCCCCCGCAAGCUCUCGGCGGAGCUGCGGCCGCCGGCCGGGCUGCGGGAGCGCAAGAACAGCAUCACCGAGAUCAGCGACAACGAGGACGAGCUCCUCGAGUACCACCGGCGGCAGCGGCAGGAGCGGAUGCGCGAGCAGGAGAUGGAGCGCCUGGAGCGGCAGCGCCUGGAGACCAUCCUCAGCCUCUGCGCCGAGUACACCAGGCCGGACGGCGCCGAGCCCGCGGAGGGGCCGGCCGGGCGGCAGGCGCCCCUGCGGCACGGGGAGAGCCUGGAGCGGUCGGACGAGGAGAACCUGAAGGAGGAGUGCAGCAGCACGGAGAGCACCCACCACGAGCACGAGGAGCUGGCGGGCCCCCGGGCCGCGGAGGCGCACCGGCUGGAGGAGGAGCGAGCCCGCGUGCUCGGCCGCCUGGACGAGCUCAAGGGCCGCGUCAAGGAGCUGGAGCAGCAGCUGCAGGAGACGUCGCGAGAGGCGGAGCUGGAGCGGGCGCUGCUGCAGGGCGAGCGGGAGUCGGAGCUGGCGCGCUUGCAGCAGGAGCAGGAGGCCGUGCAGCAGCUGCAGGAGAAGCUCUCGCACCUCGACUCCAGCAUCCGCAAGGAGCGGGACAAGGAGAGGGCAAAGCUUGAUGCAGAAAGGAAGGAGCUAGCGAAACUGCGGGCGCUUUACGCUGAGUCGAAGAGCCAGCUCGCUAACUGCCCUGAGUCAAUGCGGGAGCAGGUGCAGGACCAGAUGAGAAGGGAAGCGGAAGCGCUGGAGACGGAGGCGAAGCUCUUUGAGGACCUGGAGUUCCAGCAGCUGGAGAAGGAGAGCCGGCUGGAGGAGGAGCGCGAGGCGCGGGGGCAGCAGCUGCUGCAGAGCCGGGCCGAGUGCCACCGCAGCAUCGCCAGGAGGAAGGAGCGGGUGGCCGCGCUGGAUGCCCAGGCCGCCCAGGUGCGGCUGCAGAGCGCCCAGGAGGCCGAGCGCCUGGCCGGGGAGAGGAGCGGCGUGCUGCAGCUGCUGCAGAAGGAGAAGGAGAAGCUGGCGUCUCUGGAGAGGCGGUACCACCUCGUCACGGGCGGCAGGAGCUUCCCCAAAAUGUCGCCAGCUCUCAAAGAGGAGACACUGCAUAUCUCAGAGCCCUAUGAGCUGCUGGAGGGGGCUAAGCCCCUGGGCCCCCUGCCCGGAGCAGCCUCCUUGGCUUCUCCUCCCUCCGCCCGCUCCCACCCCAAGGCGCAAGAGGAGUACAUGAGGCUGUCUGACGUUUUCAGGUUCUACAGCGGUGCGUGCGGCCCCCGCCCGGACACUAAAGCUCCCGCUGCUGCCCCUGCUGCCGCGCCUCGCUCUUUCUUGCUUGCUGUACCUCCCGCGGCCGACGAGUACGUGACCGUCGAGCAGCUGGCGGGGAUCCUGGGCAGCGCCCGCGCCCCCGCCGCUUCCCCGCCGGGCUGUGCCCCUCCGUCCUCGGGCUGCCCUCCUCCUCCUCCUGCGCCGCCUCUCUCUUCUCCCUCCGUCUCCGCAGAGAUGGAGAAGCAGCUUCAGGGGGGCCCGGGGUGGCUCCCAGCCCUUGAUUUAGAGAAGUGGUACCAGGAGGUCAUGGCUGGCUUUGAAGCCUGCUCCCCUGUCUCUCCUCCUCCUUCCCCUCCUCCACUGCCUGCUAAAGCUCACCCUUCUCAAAAGCCUCUGCAGGUCUAUCGUGCCAAGAUGGAGAGCGACGCGGGCGCCCUUGCCCCUCGGAUGAAGAGCGGGACCCCCUCGUCCUCGCAGCUCAACGUCUCGGUGCUGGGGCGCAGCCCCUCGCCCAAGGGCCCCCCCGGCGGCACGGGCAGCCUGCCCCGCAACCUGGCAGCCACGCUGCAGGACAUCGAGACCAAGCGCCAGCUGGCCCUGCAGCAGAAGGGUCAGCAGGUGAUCGAGGAGCAGAAGCGGCGCCUGGCCGAGCUGAAGCAGAGGGCGGCGGCGGAGGCGCAGUCCCAGUGGGAAGCCCUGCACGGGCAGCCGCCCUUCCCCGCCGCCUACGCCCCGCUCGUGCAUCACUCCAUCCUCCACCACCACCACGGCCUCGGGGCCCGGGCCGAGGAGCUGGACCACGCGUACGACACGCUCAGCCUGGAGAGCUCGGACAGCGUGGAGACCAGCAUCUCCACGGGCAACAACUCGGCCUGCUCGCCCGAUAACGUGUCCAGCGCGAGCGGGAUGGAGGCGGGCAAGAUCGAGGAGAUGGAGAAGAUGCUGAAGGAGGCGCACGCGGAGAAGUCGCGGCUGAUGGAGUCCCGGGAGCGGGAGAUGGAGCUGCGGCGACAGGCGCUGGAGGACGAGCGCCGGCGCCGGGAGCAGCUGGAGCGGAGGCUGCAGGACGAGACGGCGCGGCGGCAGAAGCUGGUGGAGAAGGAGGUCAAGAUGCGGGAGAAGCACUUCUCGCAGGCUCGGCCCCUGACGCGGUACCUCCCCAUCCGCAAGGAGGAUUUCGACCUGCGGCUGCACAUCGAGUCCUCGGGCCACAGCGUGGACACCUGCUACCACGUCAUCCUGACGGAGAAGAUGUGCAAGGGGUACCUGGUCAAGAUGGGGGGCAAGAUCAAGUCCUGGAAGAAACGCUGGUUCGUCUUCGACCGCAUGAAGCGCACAGUCUCCUACUACGUCGACAAACACGAGACGAAGCUCAAGGGCGUCAUCUACUUUCAAGCCAUCGAGGAGGUCUACUACGACCACCUCCGCAGCGCUGCUAAGAGCCCCAACCCCGCCCUCACCUUCUGCGUCAAGACCCACGACCGCCUCUACUACAUGGUGGCCCCCUCCGCGGAGGCCAUGCGCAUCUGGAUGGACGUCAUCGUCACGGGGGCCGAGGGCUACACCCAGUUCAUGAACUGAGGGGCAGGAGGGGCCGCCGCGGGCUGCCCCGGCCGGCCCUGCCUUCCCCAGCGGCCGGGGACCCUCGUGUCCUCGCCCCGCGCCCUGGGACCCUCGACGAGCUGCUCCUCGGCCUCCGUUUCGGGAUGCUGCCCCCGCGCUGGGGCGUCUCCCGGCCGAGGGGCCGGCUCGCUCCCGCGGGCGCGGGGUCGUGAGCCCUCUCCAGCCCCCGGCAUCUCUGAGCUUUAAGGAUUCUUUUUUUAAGCACCACACGCAGACGCGACACAGCCCCUGUAUUUUUGUGCUGCAGCUGUCCCGGGGCGCGUCGUGCUCCGGCCUGCCCCCCGCACACACCCCGCGCCGUGCGCUGACCCCAGUGCGCGCGAGGGGCUGCGCGCGGCCACGGCGCGGGAGAUCGAGCGGCGCAGCCGCCCCCCCGGCCAAGAGAACGUUUACGUGGCUUUAAACAGCAAACGAGUUUAUUGGACACAUAUCACAGCGCUGAGAGGUUCAAAGCGCAAACGCUGCCAAAGACCUGACUCUUCCGGUGCCCGGGAGCCCGAGGCAGGGCCGAGCUUUGCUGCCGCCGGGCGAUGCUGGAUUUCAGACCUACGCCGUGGAGCUGCCGCCGCGUUCGUUCGGCGAGAGCUGGCGUGGCCGUGCCGUGGCCUUCGGCCCGGUGCCAGCGCACGGAGCCCUUCUGCGCGGCGCGGCGGGCUGCGUCCCGGGCGGGUGCCGGGCCCGGGAGCCGGUUUGGGAAGAGGGUGAGCGUCCCUGGAGAGGAAGGGAGCGUUUAGACCCCCUCCUGGCUUCAACCCCCCUUUGUAAAUCUUUUUUAACCCAUGUACGUGACUGCCUCCCCCCGUGGCCGGGCCCGCCCGGGUGCUCGCGGCGUGGGGGCAGGCUGCAGACCCAUAAAGCGUUUCCUAACGGCG